UUGUUCCCACAUGCCACCCCGAAUGAUUCUCACAGAUACAAUAGGCUAAGCACACGGAAGUCAUGGCAUCCUUUUCCUACACGCACACAAGCUUGAGAAAUCAAGCUGUCCCCGGGCUGCAGUCCCGAGAAUACACCUAGAUUCUGAGCUGAGCUUUUUCCUCCUCCUCUCCUUAUCCCAUGCAUCAUUUGUCUUUUUAUUUUGCAUUAAAAGUAGCUUAGUGAUCAUGGACUUCAGCCCUUGCUUGUAGUGAUCCUGUUCGCAUUUUACUCUUGACACAGAAUAGGAAGGAGGUUCGCUUGCUUUGCGCAGAAGCUGAGCCACAGGAGAAAGCAAAGCCAAUGUGAUUUAUUGAAUGAAAGCACUGGACAAUUAUCAACAACUUGUUCCUCUGCUGCCUCGAACAACCUAAGCUGGAACUGCCGUGUGAAAAUGACCCAACAAAUGCAGAAUUUACAUCUUUCUCAGUCAAAAAAGCACAGUGCCCCAUCGUCUCCCAAUGCUGCCAAACGCCUGUACAGGAACCUCUCGGAGAAACUGAAGGGCAGCCACUCUUCCUUUGACGAGGCCUAUUUUAGAACAAGAACUGAUCGCCUGAGUCUCAGAAAGACCUCGGUGAACUUCCAGGGCAAUGAAGCCAUGUUUGAGGCAGUUGAGCAGCAGGACAUGGAUGCUGUGCUGCUCCUCCUGGAACAGUACACCCCAGAAGAGCUAGACCUCAACACCCCUAACAGUGAGGGGCUGACACCUCUGGACAUUGCCAUCAUGACCAACAACGUGCCCAUCGCAAAGAUUCUUCUGAGGACAGGGGCCCGAGAAAGUCCACAUUUUGUCAGCCUGGAAAGCCGCACAAUGCACCUCAACACACUGGUCCAGGAGGCCCAGGACAGGGUGAAUGAACUGUCUGCCCAGGUGGAGAAUGAAGGACUCACCCUGGACAACACAGAGAAACAGCUGAAAGCUUGGGAGUGGAGGCACCGGCUCUACAGACGCAUGAAAACGGGCUUCGAACAUGCCAGAGCCCCUGAGAUGCCAACCAAUGCCUGUCUCAUGGUAACCAGCAGCGUGUCUCUCACUGUCACCUUCCAAGAGCCUCUCAGCACCAACGCAGCUGUAGUGACCAGGUAUAAAGUGGAAUGGAGUAAAUCUAAAGACUUUUGUCCUUUGGCUGGAGAAAUCAUCAUGGACAACCUGCACACCCUGAGAUGCACAAUCACAGGACUUAUAACGGGACAACAGUAUUUCGUUCAAGUCUCGGCUUAUAACAUGAAAGGGUGGGGCCCUGCUCAGACCACGACACCCACCUGUGCCUCUCCUUCUAACUGGAAAGACUGUGAUGACAGAGAGCCCAGACACAAGGGACAGAAUGAAGUUCUGGAGAGUCUGCUGCAGCAGGUCCGAGCCCUUCAUCAGCAUUACAGUUGCCGGGAAAGUUCAAAAUUACAAACCGCAGGCCGCAAGCAGUCAGUAUCAAGAAGCCUGAAACACCUAUUCCAUUCUUCAAACAAGUUUGUGAAGACCUUAAAACGGGGACUCUACAUAGCCGUUGUAUUUUACUACAAAGACAAUAUGUUAGUCACAAAUGAAGAUCAAAUACCAAUCGUUGAGAUAGAUGACUCUCACACCAGUUCCAUUACACAAGAUUUUCUGUGGUUCACCAAGCUGUCUUGUAUGUGGGAAGACAUAAGGUGGCUGAGGCAAAGUGUACCUAUUUCAAUGUCCUCAUCCACAGUGCUGCAAACCCGGCAGAAGAUGCUUGCUGCAACAGCCCAGCUACAGAAUUUACUUGGAACACACAACUUGGGAAGAGUUUACUACGAGCCCAUUAAAGACCGGCAUGGAAACAUACUCAUAGUCACCAUCAGAGAGGUGGAGAUGCUUUAUUCUUUUUUUAAUGGCAAAUGGAUGCAGAUCUCAAAGCUGCAAAGCCAGAGGAAGUCUCUAUCAACACCUGAGGAGCCAACGGCCUUAGACAUUUUACUAAUAACCAUCCAGGAUAUUCUCUCCUACCACAAAAGGAGUCACCAGCGUCUCUCUCCUGGAUUAUACCUAGGUUACCUAAAGUUAUGUAGCUCUGUGGAUCAAAUCAAAGUUCUUGUAACACAAAAGUUGCCCAACAUUCUCUGCCAUGUGAAGAUCCGUGAAAACAAUAACAUUUCCAAGGAGGAGUGGGAAUGGAUCCAAAAGCUUUCUGGCUCUGAAUCUAUGGAAAGUGUGGAUCAUACUUCUGACUGCCCCAUGCAAUUGUUCUUCUAUGAGCUCCAGAUGGCAGUGAAAGCUCUUCUUAAGCAGAUCAAUAUACCUCUACACCAGGCAAGGAACUUCCGCCUCUACACACAGGAGGUGUUGGAAAUGGGUCACAAUGUGUCCUUUCUUCUCCUGCUCCCUGCCUCAGACGACGUCUGUACAGCCCCAGGACAGAAUAAUCCUUACACCCCACACUCAGGGUUUCUUAACCUCCCUCUUCAGAUGUUUGAACUUGUGCAUUUUUGCAGCUACAGAGAGAAAUUUAUUAGUCUGUAUUGCCGCCUUUCUGCUGUCCUGGAGCUGGAUUCUCUGAAUACCCAACAGUCCCUGAGGGAAGCAAUCUCAGACAGCGAGGUUGCAGCUGCCAAACAAAGACAUCAGCAGGUUUUAGAUUUCAUUCAGCAAACAGAUGAAAUUUGGCGUGAAAUGAGAUGGAUCAUGGAUGCUCUACAAUAUGCAAGAUACAAACAACCGGUUUCUGGAUUGCUUAUCACUAAGCUGAUAGAUCCUUCAGAUGAGCAGAACCUAAAGAAAAUUAACUCUACAUCAUCACAUAUAGACUGUCUUCCAUCGCCAUCGCCCGAGAUGCACAGAAGAAAGGCAGUGAGUGAGUCGCAACCCUGCUCGGAUGAAGAAGCCUGCUCGGAAGUCUUCCUCCCCACGGACAGCGACUAUGACUCCAGUGAUGCCUUGAGCCCCCGGGACUUGGACCUGGUCUACCUGUCUUCGCAUGACAUCGCCCAACAGGCCCUCAGCGGCCUCAGCGGCAGCGCCCCCGACGUCCUUCAAGUGCACGACAUGAAGAGCCCGCCGGGGACAGGCCAAGACCCCUUGGUCCAAGCUCAAGCCCCAGACCCGGACCACUCGUGUGCAGAGCUCCUCCACAGCCUAACACUUACAGGGUUCACACCUAAGAACUACGCCAAGAUGGCGCCGGGUGCACGGCCGCCCCUGGGCUUCCUGGGAAAGCGGAAGCCGGGCAAGCACCAGCACUACGGCGGCUUCAGCCGCCACCACCGCUGGCUGCGCAUGCACAGUGAGACGCAGUCGCUGUCGCUUUCUGAGGGUGUGUACACCCCACACCUGUCCCGGGCCUGCGGCCUGGACCGGGACCUCGGGGAAGCCGAGCGGCAGAAUCCCGCCCUCGAUGGGCCCCGGGGCCUGCCACUGGCUCAUGCCACCAGCCUCCCAGAGGAGCGGAAGGGCUGCCUUCAGGACCUGAGGCCUUCUGUCCGCCGCAUCUACGUGGAGCCCUAUGCCGGGGCCCUUGUGGCCCAGGACAGGAAGCCAUGGGCUGGCUUGAGCCCGACGCCUGGAGGCCGCACCCGCCUGCCUGGCCCCUCGGUCCCUGACAUGAACCCGGAGGGUCCCACCUCACCGGUGUCUGAAAUACUCAGCAGCAUGCUUUAGGGAGACACAUGCGGGCCGUGCACUGUGCCACUCCCAUCCUUGCAUUUCCCGUCACCCUAACCCAGCCUGCCUCACUGCCUCCCCAACCCAUUUUCAAAUGUUUUGAAUAUUACAAAUCCAAAGGUUACAAGUUCAAGGCCCUCUUUUUGGAAAGUAGAGGGGAGAUGGAGGCCAGAGUGCCAUUCCCAUUUCAGCCUAGAAGAGGCAUGGAGGAGUUUUUGUGUCACACGAAGUCUGAGACAGUGAUUCAACACCCUGUUCGUGGCAUUUGUUACUGUGGUAGAACAGGCCAGAGAGACACCCUCACCUUUGCAGCUGGCUGUAUAAUCUGACCCCUGGGCUUAGGGCUCUUUCAUGAAUUAGGAUUGAUUAAGAGAAGUUCUAUAGAUGGAAAUAAGAUUGGCAUUGGUUUUCCUUCCAAUCCAAACCUUAAGAAGAGUUUGGGGAAAAGAGACCCGGGUUCUGUCUUCAGGCCAUGGGAUCAAGAAGGCUUGGUUUAGGUUCCCUGUCAGCUAAACCAGAAAUGGUUUAGGUCAUGCCAAAGUGGCUCAGAAUUCACCAAAUCCAAUUUAUCAUCAGCACUCAACUGAUUAAGUAGGCCUUGUGCGUAGGCCCUUAGUGCUGUGUAGAGAUCACCAGAAACAAAAGUGGAACACACUUCUAGCUCUGUCUUGCAAAAGUAGAAUAGGGCAAGAAGAAACCCUUCCAGCACACUCAGCUCCUAUUUAAACGUGACAGCCGGCAGCAAAUUGUUCCAGGGUGCAAGAAAAUGGAUGAAUUAAGUGAAAGCCUAAUUUGUAGAUGAGAGGAGGGAGAGAAACAUGAACAAAAGUAUAUUUCCUUUACAAUUCUGAAACAAACUAAGCAAACUAAGUCCAUAAAUCUGUCAGUGAAAAUCACACUGGAUCUUCUCCAGAUUCUGAAGUGAUGAAA